AAUCUUUGUUGUAUCACAAGUCUAAUCCUAAGAAUCAAAACCACAGCCCAUAGACGCUUCAAAACCAAGGCCAUUUCCUCCUCCCAAAUCAGUUGUUCCGAAAGUCCAAACAACUAUAGCCAUGGCUGUAAUACCCAAGCAAGAGCCUCCAUCACCUGCCUUUGCAGAAACAGUAGAAGAAAUAACGAGAAUCUAUAGAUCACUGCCAACAAGACCUUCCGUUGAAGAGGUUGAAGCCGCCAUUUCUGUGCUAAAAACUGUGGAUACCGAGGAGCAGAUGAAGCUUGAAGAAAUUUCAAAGCAAGAGGCUUCCCAAGAUGUCCCUGUGGAAAUCUUCUCUGUGCUGCAGCAAGUGAGGAGGAACAUGGUUUUGUUCCAGAGCCAUGAACAGAAGAAGGAGGCUCUCCACUUGGUUGAGCUUGACAAGAAGUUUCAGGAAUUUGAUGAUCUCAUUCAAAGAGCUUCUGGGUUGGUUUCUGGGGAUACCCAGAAUGAAAAACAUGUUGUUUUGGAUAAAGAAUUUAACAAAUUUGGGAGAGAAAGUAUAGUCAGUGAUGAGGAUUUGGUGAAGAACAGGGAAGAUGAAGAACCAGAGGGAAAGACUUCGAAGGGUUUGACUAGGAGUGCUUCCACAAAGGCUUCUAUUUUCUCUUCAGGUGGUGGAGACUCCAAGAAGUGGAGUUUACUGAAGGUAGCAGCUCUGAUUGAAAAGUCUGCUAAAACUGGGGCAGUAGUUGUUGAUCUUAAGGGGAAGUUAAUGGAUCGUAUGGAAUGGCUUCCUGUCUCAAUUGGGAAAUUAUCAGAGGUCACUGAUUUGGACCUAUCUGAGAACCAAAUUAUGGCUCUUCCACACACAAUUGGUGGCCUCAGGGCCUUGAAAAAGCUUGACAUCCACUCAAACCAAGUUAUAAACCUUCCUGACUCAUUUGGGGAACUGAUCAAUCUCACUGAUCUUGACCUCCAUGCAAAUAGGUUGAAAUCACUGCCAGAUUCUUUUGGUAACUUGAUAAAUCUCAUUAAUCUUGAUUUGAGCUUGAAUGACUUCACUCAUUUACCAGAGACAAUUGGGAAUUUUACUUGCUUGAAGAGAUUGAAUGUAGAAACUAAUGAGCUUGUGGAAUUACCUUACACAAUUGGAUCUUGUUCAUCACUUGUGGAGCUGAGAUUAGAUUUCAAUCAGCUCAAGGCUCUUCCUGAGGCAAUUGGAAAGCUUGAAUGCUUGGAGAUCAUUACUUUUCACUACAAUAGAGUUAAAGGGUUGCCAACAACAAUGGGCAACCUUUCCAAUUUGAAGGAACUUGAUGCCAGCUUCAAUGAACUUGAAUAUAUACCUGAAAACCUAUGUUUUGCAGUAGGUCUAAAGAAAUUGAUUGUGGGGAAGAACUUUGCAGAUCUAAGAGCCUUGCCUAGAUCUAUUGGCAAUCUCGAGAUGCUUGAAGAGUUGGAUAUUAGUGACAAUCAAAUAAGAACAUUGCCAGAUUCUUUCAGGCUUUUGUCAAGUUUGAGAGUCUUCCGUGCAGAUGAAACACCUUUGGAAGUGCCACCAAGACAAGUAACUGCAUUAGGUGCUCAGGCUGUUGUUCAGUACAUGGCUGAUUUUGUUGCAAAGAGGGAUGCUGUAUCUACACCAAUAUCAAAGAAGAAGAAGGGAUUUUGGUUCUGGGUUUGCUCAAUGUUCAGUCCCAAGCGGAGUAAUGUCUCCAAAAUCAAGAAUGUGCCGAGAACUUAAUUUUUACACUGAUCAGCUCAUGUGCAUAUUUGAGAAUUUUUCUCUUCUUUUUUCCCCAAAAAAUUGUUUCCAUAUUUGCAGUUUACUGUACAAAUAAUUAAGUGAUGCCACACAAUUUUCAACUUCUGGUAUUGGUUGGUGGGAGCGAAAUGUAAGACACUGUAAUAACAUGUUUUACUCUGAUACAAAGGUAAUAACUCUUUAGUUUCCAUCA